AUGGCUUCAAAAGAUGAAAAAUUGUUUAAAAAUACAAUUGAGGUUCCAAUUGCAAAACAAGAGGAAAUAAUUGUUACAGAUUAUCUAAAAGAAUGCAUACAUAAAGUAGCAAAAUCUGAAGGAUUUAUUGAUUACAGUUUGACAGUUAAUUAUGGAUCAAAUAUCGGAGAUGGUUAUGUCUCGAACAUGCUUAAAAUUUCAAUAAAUGAUGAUAAUCGCGAAACAUUGACAGUUCUUGUUAAAAUCCCGCUUAAAAAUAAAGCUCGCCGUGAAAUAAUGAAAAUGAUGAGCUUAUUUGAAAGAGAAAUUUUCGUCUACAAAGUCAUGCUACCUCAAUUUGAGGAAAUACAAAGGUUGAAUAACCUCAGUGAAUCAAUCAAGUUCAAUAACUUCCCAAAAAUAUAUCUUGCCGAGUUCAACAAAGAUAAGGAUGAUGCAAUUAUUAUCAUGGACGAUUUAAGGGAAAGUGGACAUAAAAUGUGGAAAAAAUCUGCUCCAAUAAACUUUGAUCACGCAAAACUUUUACUAACCACACUCGGACGUUAUCAUGCAUUGUCAUUUGCUACUCGACUUAAAAAUCCUAAAUUUUUCGAAACAUUACUGAAUUUGAAUGACGAUUUUAGUGAUGUUUUGCUAACGCCGCAAUUUGAAAUGCUUUUAAAAGGUUCAGUGACAAGAAUCAUCGAGUUUUUUCAACCGGAAGAGGUUGUGGCAAGAGAUAAAAUCACAAAUUUGAUAGAAAAUCUACAGGACAUUUGCAUUGAACGAGUAAAACCAAAAUAUGAGGAACCUUACACUGUAAUGCUGCAUGGUGACUGUUGGAUUAACAAUUUUCUAUUUCAUUACUCCAAAACUGAUGCACCUGAUGAUAUUAAAUUAAUAGACUGGCAAAUUACUCGAUAUGGGGCGCCUGCAAUCGAUUUAAUUUAUUUCUUUUUCAUUUGCACUGAUCACAAAUUGAGGACAAAUCAUUUCAAUGAAUUGUUGAAAAUCUACUAUAAUUCUCUUGAGGAAAUGCUCAAUAAUUUAGACUGCAAUGCAAAUGAGAUCUAUCCAUUUGAUGUACUGCAGAAACAAAUGAAAAUGUAUGGUAAAUUUGGCGUAAUCAUGGCUUCAUUUAUCCUGCCAGCACUGAUAACAAAAGAUGAAGAAAUAGUCGACUUAAAUUUCGUUAUGGAUCAAAAUUCCAAAGAAAUGAAUGAAAUGGCUGAACAUGUCGUCGAUAAAAUGAUAGAAACUGAUUCAUUUACGAAAAGGAUUCGCAACGUCAUAUUUGAUGCUAUUGAUUACGGAUAUCUCGAGUGA